UAACCCGUCUUGCCUAAUUUGUUUUAAUACAUAUUCCUGGCCAUAAUUGUCGCUGAUUUGAACCACUUGGCUUCUAUCGGCCACAAAACGUUGCAGCUUCUGUGUCACAAAGUGUUUUAUUUUGAAAACCCAGCCAUCGGAAAUUACACUCGUCGCUACUCCUGACUUGACAGCAGUUCCACAGGCACAUCAGCUGAACGUGCGAGAGAAUGCUGACCUAAUUAACGCUACCGGGGACGAGAACUACGACACAACGCACCGUGUUGACCGAAGCGACUGUCACUUUACUCAACCAGAAGAAAUUGUGCGUGGGACUUGGUGUCAUUUACAGAGAAAUCGCCACCAACCUGUCUGCCUAGAAACCAACACAGCUAACAGGCGUGCUAUUGACUGCGGAGGAAGGAAGGAAGGGAGGGAGAGGGAGAGAGAGACGGAGAGAAAGAAAGCUUAUCCUCUCUAGAUAUCAGGAGGGUUUUUGGUCACAGAGAUCAUUGUUUUGCAGAAGCUUCUCAAGGGAAAAGUAGCCAUUGAAAUGUCGGUAAUGGCUGAGCUGUCAUCAGCCCAUGUGACCAAAAGCACCUGAGAAUAACUGGUGUGGAAGUCACUCGGUCACCACCAGCUUGCGGGCAUUUGCUUCGAAGUUAAGGAGGAAAAAAACGUGACGCAUUUUUUUACCUGGAUUUUUCUUUCCGGAUUUGGCGUCUUACCUUGAAGAGGAAUACAAGCGCAAGAGGCCUAAUGACUGUUUGUGAAUUUGGGGCUUACUGAGCUGUCCCUUGCGCCACGGAAGGAGGCUGCUGGGGCUCCGGCGUCCAUGUGGAGGACUGCACGUUCACAUAUGGAGGCAGAUAAUACAGUGAGGUGUUUGUUGAGCAGCUGAGCCUGUGAAGGCCCCGGAGGCGGCCAUGUUCAAUCUCUUCCUCAGAGUGCUGGCGUUGACCCGUCUUCACCUGUCGCCGCGCACCACCUGGCUGCCCACCUAACUCCUCGCUCCCGCUCUCUUUCCACAUCUCUUUCUUCCAGCGCCUGGCCAGGAGAAAGGUCCUUGGUCCUUGUGUAAAAUGUCCUAUGCACACCACAAGCUGCCCAGCUGGAGCUUACCUCGCCUGCUCCUCCUACCGCUGUCCUAUCUCUUGCUCUUGGCCUCUCCCACAGAUGUGUCUGCAAACCUCUGCCAGGUGACCGGGGGGGUGCUGGGCAUCCACUGGAGCAGCGUCAUCGGCCUGGGUUGGGACUCUCUGGCCAAAGGAAGAGGCGGGGCGACAUGUUGGGAGUCGUGCUGCCUGAAUCCCAGCUGCAACGCCGUGUGGAGCCUCGGUGGGCACUGUGUGCUCCUCCGCUGCACCCGCGGUACGGGCUGCUCCAUCGCCUUCCUGCCUCAGCCCCACAAGGAGUCCCUCGGCCUCCUCCAGCUGCUUUCAAAGACUCCCGUCGUCCCUGCAAGGCGUAGAAGAGCUAGUCCCGCCAAACAUGUGGGGAGUCACACGCCGCAGAAGGAACUACACGCCAACACGGAAACCCCCAAAGUGGAAAUGGCUCACACAACCCAGGUGGCACCCAGCACCAUCGCGCUGCUUCAAACUGCCCAAAAAAACCCGAGCCCGUUAGCUGUGGGGAGUGCAGACGUCUCUCCAGCUCCAUCUCAGCAGAACUCCACGGAAACCGCCGACACAGCUGCGUCUUCCAAUAGCAGCGAUGUCGGCACAACCACAACAACUGCAAUAAUGGCGACCCCCACUCAGUCUGUGAGGGAGCUGGUGGUGUCAGCCGGAGACAGUGUGGAGGUCACGUUGCCCCGCAACGCGGUUGAGCUCAACGCCUUUGUGGUCUCAGCACCCCCACAAGGGACAAACUAUGUAUUUGACUGGCGUCUGAUAACUCAUCCCAAAGAUUACAGUGGGGAGAUGGAAGGGCGGCACAGCAAGACACUAAAACUCAGCCAGCUGACUGUGGGCCUGUAUGAGUUUGAGGUGAUGGUGACCGGGCAGGGCGCUCAAGGAGAAGGUUACGUCAAUGUCACAGUCAAGCCAGAGCCCCGGGUAAACAAGCCUCCCGUUGCUGUAGUUUCCCCAAAGUUCCAGGAGAUCUCCUUGCCAACCAGCUCCACGGUCAUCGACGGCAGCCAGAGCACAGACGAUGACAAGGUGGUGGCGUGGCACUGGGAAGAGGUCAAAGGCCCCCUGAGGGAGGAGAAAGUCUCUACUGACACCCCUGUCCUCACCCUCACCAACCUGGUUCAUGGGAACUACACAUUCAAUUUGACAGUGACGGACUCUGAUGGAGCCACAAACUCGACACAGGCCUCGCUCCUGGUCAACAAAGCCAAGGACUACCGACCUGUGGCCAAUGCCGGCCCGAACAAGGUCAUCCAGUUGCCCCGCAACUCCAUCACUCUGUACGGCAACCAAAGCACAGACGACCAUGACUCCCUCUCCUACGAGUGGUCCCUCAGCACCGAGAGCAAAGACAAGGUGGUGGAGAUGCAGGGUGUACGCACGCCCAUCUUGCAGCUGUCGGCGAUGCAAGAGGGAGACUACACCUUCCAGCUGACUGUGACGGACUCCGCUGGACAGCAGGAAACCGCGCAGGUCACCGUCAUUGUGCAGCCAGAAAACAAUAAGCCCCCAGUAGCAGAUGCUGGACCGGAGAAGGAGCUGACGCUGCCUGUUGAUCGAACCACGCUGGAUGGCAGUAAGAGCAGCGAUGACCAGAAGAUCGCCACGUUCCACUGGAAACAAACCAAGGGUCCUGCUGAUGUGAAGAUUGAGAAUGCAGACGGCGCCGUUGCCACGGUGACAGGUCUUGAGGUUGGCACGUAUGAGUUCACCUUGACCGUAACGGAUGAGAGGAAGCUGGAGAGCAGCGACGUCGUGACGGUCAUUGUCAGAGAAGAACUGGACCAGCCACCACUGGCUCAUGUUGUGUCGAGUCCACCCAUUGCUCUGCCUGUCAGGACCGGCAGCUUAGAUGGAUCUCACUCCACUGACGACAACGGUGGAGUCAGCUUCCUCUGGACCAGAGACGAUAGCAGCCCCGCUGCGGGGGAAGUGCUAAACAACUCUGACCACCAGGCAGUGCUGUUUCUGGGAAACCUGGUGGAAGGGAAGUACAGCUUCACCCUGACUGUAACUGACAGUAAGGGACAGACCAGCACUGACAGCGGCACAUUGGAGGUGAAACCAGACGUAUGGGAGCGUGAACUGGUGGAGUUGGUGCUGGAGGUCUCUGUGUCCCAGGUGUCCCACCGGCAGCGGGACAUGCUCCUGCGCCAGGUGGGGGUUUUACUGGGCCUGCUCGACAGCGACAUCAUCGUGCGAGAGAUCAGUGCGUUCAACGAGCACAGUACUCGCCUGGUCUUCCUGGUGUCAGGCGGCCUCGGGCGCCCUCCUCUGUCAGGCCACAGCGUGGCACUUAGCCUUCGCAACAAACUGCGCAAACAGAAGAACGACUUUCUGAUCUACAAGGCCCGACGAGUGGAUACAGUCAUCUGUCAGCUGAACUGCUCCACGCACGGGGACUGCGACUCGUUCACGCGCCGCUGUGUCUGCCACCCUUUCUGGAUGGAGAACUUCAUCAGAGUUCUGUUUGGAGAUGGAGAGAGCAAUUGCGAGUGGAGCGUCCUCUAUGUGACUAUAGCAUCCUUCAUGAUUGUGGUUGCUACAGCAACUGUGGUCUGGGGGAUGGUGUGCUGCUGCAAAAGGCGUAAGAGCAAAGUGCGCAGAAGCAAGAGCAGGUAUAAAAUGUUAGAAGCUGAUGAACAAGACAGUUUGGAGCUUCAACCACCCAGAACUGUCCGCAUCAAGCCGGUGCCCGCUCCCACCUCAUCUGCCCUCAUGCACUCAGACUCUGAUCUGGAGAGCGAGGAUGGGCAGGGUGGGGUCCCGUGGACGGAGCAGGAGCGCGGGCAUCUUCUGCGGCCGCAGAACGGCUCCCUGAGGAACGGCAUGGGGCCCGUCAGGGGCAAGAAGCAACGAGAAGAGCGGCUAUAGCAAGAAAGGAGGGGGGGGCAGCUCUCUGCAUCCCUCGGCCAGCCGUUCUUUACUCUUCCUGUGUCCCUUUUGUUGUUGCUCAACACAGAAACCUCACACCUCUCAUCCAUGAAGACAGACUGUGAUAGAUACAGAGACUAACUAAGGGAAGUAGAGGAGCAACAAGUUGUCCUGCUGCAGCUGGAACACCUCUGGACCGACCUUUACCUGCUCCCACACUGAGCCACUACGGAAGGAAAACAAGUACCAAUUUACUGGGAAAUAGUGAUGAGCACUGUCUUUUUAAAUGGCGUAUUGAUUUAACAUACAGCCCUAUCUUUUAACACAGAGACAUAGAGAAUGUAUUGUCACACCUCUAACAAAUGGCUCACAAAGAAACUUGAGUGAUCCAUGAAUUUCUGGAUUGAAGAAAACCCCCAAACUGCUUUUCAUGACACGGAAACCAGCCCCUUCAUACGCUCACACCGUUCAUUUGUAGGCAUGCACGCAUGCACGCAAAGAUUUCCUAUUCACACUGUUCCACGUCAACGUGAUGCUACCAAACUGCCACGUUCAAGCCAAUGGUUCACUCUGGCCUGAUAAGUGGCCAACAUAUUGACUCGUGAGAAAGCAAAAUCGCAACCAAAACAAGAGCCGAUGACAGCAAUGAAACCAUAAAUAUAAAGAAACAAAAAGCUGUGUGCAUGAAGAGUGACCGAUUGCAGUUCUGGUACAGUUUGAUACUGGAACAAUCUUCGGCAUGUUUGUGUGUUGAUUUAUUAGGGCUGCAAUGAAAAAAAUAUUUUCUUGGAGCAGUUUGUACGCUUUUAUUUUGAUUGUUAACACAUGUACGAGUCAGUGAGGGCAAGAGAGCCUUUAAAAAAAAAAAACAACACGCUUUUAUUCUGAAGGUUUAGCUGCGGAUGAAGUCGCUGGGACAAACACUGGAAUACACAACGUUAAUGACUUUGGUCUCAAGAGACGGAGAAGAUAACGAGAUGUUGACGACACCACAAAUGGGACUGCCUCCUCGCUCACCUUAAUCUCCAUUAAUGCAACGACUGCUUGAAACAUGAAAACCACUGUUUUUUUCUUAUUUUAUCUUUUCUUUUUAAACCACCUUACAGAUGUAAUUUAGAUGUUGAUGCACUUUGAUUUUAUGUCUGACAGCGUGAGUGACACAUCUGCUCUUGUUGGUUGAAAAGGGACAUCUGUGAUGGUUAAAGUUUGAAAGUUUCAGCCAUGAAAAAGAAAAUAAUUGAACUGCCUUCAAACGAUGUGAAAUAUUUAAUUUCCAUAGCUUUAAAAAUUAAAAGACAGGAUAUACUUGAGCUAACAGGAAUGCAGUUCAAGUCUACAGGCUCCUCUGUAAUUGAAACAAUCUUGUUGGCUUGAAAUUAAAUGGGGGGGGAGUUAGCCAAUGUGUCACAAAGUGACAAUUUUAUUUAUUUUUAAUCCCGUGAGUUAAUUUAGCAGUUACUCUGCAAUUUUAGCAAACAGUUAUGAUCCAUUUGUCACUAAAAUGAGAUCAACCCAUUUGUCCUUGUCAAUCUGGGGAUUACACAGCUCUGGAACUAUGCAUGAACAAUCUGACAUUAAAACAUGGAUAACACGACUUCAAUUUGGAAGUCGUGUGUCCACAAUGACCCAGAACUGUGUUAAACUGUGUUAAUUCCCACAAAUAGGACAAACCAGAAGGUCCAUCUGAGGGAGAAUCCUGUCGAGGCGUAAAACCAUUCAUUCAUUUGUUCUAUUUGUCAGUGGCGGUGACGUGUGUCUCAGCACUGAGUGAAAACUUGAACCAAAUGACACUUUUAUUGUGUGUGAAAUGCAUGCAAGCAGGUCAACACGAUGGGUCACUUUUACGUUUGUUUUUCUUCUGUUGAAUGUUCAAAAGGGUACACGGUUUAUUCCCUUUAUUUUGUACUCUGCUUGGAAUAGCAAUCGCUUCAUCUUAAUAUUACAUGAUCUCGCGCUGAUGUCACUUCUGCACUAGUUUGGUGCACGUCGGGCAGGGCGCAGAUAUGUAAGAGAACAUCUCGUUCAGAUUUGCUCAAUUUAUCUGGCUGCCUUUUUGACGAUUUUUGUGAAACAAACUCAAUUCCAUCCGUCAUAUUCCUUCAUGUUUUUGCACAUCAUAGCUAAUGGAUUUCUGAGUAACUGCCAAGUUUUUAAAAUUCAGUAUUUCUUCUGUUAAAGCUAGCCCUCUUGGGGAUUAAUAGAAGUGAAUUGACCUUGACUCUGACAGAGUCCACUGUGAAGGCAGGCAGAGAAAGCAGGGAGCAGCUGUUACGGGAAGGUAUUUUAACUAGAGGUGUUUUUAUAAGCUUGUGAAGGAUUUCCCCCUUGUUUCCUUCUCUGUGAACAGACCUGAUGCAACUGGAUGACCUGUAAAUUAAAAUAAAAUCAGUUUGCUCCAGAA